CGGCCGCCUUACCUGUCUACCUGUACGCGCUCGUGCACAUAUACGCGUCACCGGACCGGAGUCUUCCCCAUGCAUGGCAGCCCAUGGGCUCGGGGAGGACGCUCAAGUUUGCCCUGUGCGAGGUGCUGCAGUUCGCAGGCCUGUGCGUGCCGCUCUUCAUCGUCAUGCAGAGGUUCGCCGUCAUCGUAGCAAAGGUCAAAACGUCCGCGCAGCCGCCCCGAGACGGCAGCACGGCCUACUGGCUGAUCGUGGCCUCCUCCAUCGCCUACGUCACCUCCACCGCCCUGCUGGUCUGGGUACCCAUGAAGUACAUGGUCUUCGUCAAGAAGAAGUUUCUCAUCGGGAGGAAGAAGUGGAGGCCUGUGGCCCUCGUUUAUGUGAUCCUGUCCACAUUACCCUGUUUUGCCUUUCUCAUCGCCAGCUCUGAGGUUCAGAUAAAUAAUAACAUGACAUAUGAUACGUUCACGGAGCUCCCUGUGUCACUAGUCCUCUUCUCCCUCAUCUGUAUUGACGUUGUGGAGAGGAUACGCCACUGCAGACUGACAGGCCAUGCUAAUGACACGGAGAGAGAUGCCGACAUCCCCUCGACUGUCCUCACACAUGUGGAACAGGUAACCCCAGUAUCGCCUAUCACCCCAGCCGGGCCGGGGCCAGCUGUGCCCGGGCAGGCUGGGCAAAAUCCCAUGCAACCGGGAUCAGGCCAGCGCAAUGACAGGAACCAGAACGGACCAGGGGCCCGAUCGGAAGCCAACGGGACCCUUCCAGGGAUACAAGGUAACCCCGGGAGACCGUUUAGCAUCUCUGGAUUGAGCUCACGAUCUGCAAGUACCUCACCGUACCAUAUUUCUCCGUACGAAUACACGGGUCCACUGAGAUUCCUGUGUGCCAGCGACGCUCGUGCGGAUGUGUUCGUGGACAGCUUUAUGUUCUGGAUGGAUACCGUGGAGAUGGUGAGGGUGGCGGGGCAUCCCCUUGUCUAUUACUCAGGCUGGGUGUUCCCCAUCUACAUCUUCAGCUACCUGUCCUGCCUGCGGGUCGUGGUCAUGCCCCACAGCCCGCUGCUCCCCUCACUAGGAGUGGCCCUGCAGGACUUUCCGUUCUUCUUUGUGCGCGUCGGCCUCAUCGCCUUCUUUGGCUUCGUCACGCCCAUUCUCUAUCUGAUGAAGAACCUGCUGGUCUGCCUGGCGUUUGUUUAUUUCAACUUCAUGACCAAACUGAGGGUCUUCAACACAGAGAGGAUGUUCUUUUGAGACUUCAAGAAAGACAUAUACUAGCAACAGGCAGAAUCAGGAAUUGAAGAGGUGGUUGCACUAACUCUUUAGUUCGAAUUGGCAACAAAGAGGAGACGGUUGGUCACAAUGCAUGAUGGUACUUUUCACGGGCCAAUAGGGUGCAAUGUUUUCCCAAAAAGGACCUUACAGUGUGUGUCACAUGACUGUGUUGCGUAUCAUUUAACUUAUGUUCAAACAUUACUCCUCUAAACCCCUCACCAUGCAUGGCACUUUGGAAAUGAACCUGUAUUGUCCUUUGAGAGUUUAUAGUUUUUUUUCUACCAUGAUAAAGUGCAGUGAAUGUGAAAAAAAAAAAUCCAUGUUGUUUACAUUGGGUUUUUCUUUGCCAAGUUAUAUCCAGAACGGAAAAACAUAGUGUGAGUUUGUAUCAUUGAUACAUAUAUUUUGCUAAGAUUAAUAAAGAAAAUCAUUUAAAUAGA